AUGGCCAGACAGAAUCCUUCAUCAUUCCGCUAUGGCUUUGACCUGGGAGGACACUUCCAGGAUCUGCAUCCCCUGGGCAGCGGAGCGUCUGGGCUGGUCUUGUCAGCGGUGGACAGACGCACGGGUCAGCGCGUGGCCGUCAAGAAACUGUUGAUGCGUGAUGCAGUUAGUACAAAGCAUGCCCUGAGAGAAGUGAAGAUCACACAACGUCUGCAGCACGAGAACGUGGUUAGGGUUUUUGAGGUACUGGGUCCAUACGGCCAGCCGCUGCCUCGUGACCUUACCCAGCUGAGUGCUCUGUACAUAGUUCAGGAGUGUAUGGAAACGGACUUGGCCCGGCUCCUUGAACAAGGUCCUCUGCCUGCGGAGCAUGCUACUUUGCUCUUCUACCAGCUCCUGCGUGGUCUCAAGUUCAUACACUCUGCCAACGUCUUGCACCGGGAUCUCAAGCCUGCCAACAUCUUCAUUAACACCGACCAGAUGCUGCUGAAGAUUGGAGACUUUGGCUUGGCUCGCAUAGUUGACCCCCAUUACUCGCACAAGGGGUACCUGUCAGAGGGUAUGGUGACGAAAUGGUACCGCUCUCCACGCCUCUUGUUAUCUCCAAACAACUACACCAAGGCCAUUGACAUGUGGGCAGCUGGAUGCAUUCUGGCUGAAAUGCUCUCCGGUCGGAUGCUCUUUGCAGGGGCACAUGAGCUGGAACAAAUGCAAUUAAUCCUGGACACUGUGCCUGUGUUGCGGGAGGAAGACCGCCAGGAACUGCUGCAGGUCAUGCCGUCUUAUGUCAGCCAUAGAUGGGAGGUCAGGAGAUCCCUGAGGCAGCUUCUGCCUGGAGUCGAUAAUGAGGCCAUUGACUUCUUGGAGCAAAUACUGACGUUUAACCCGAUGGACCGUCUGACUGCUGAGGCAGCCCUGUCUCACCCGUUCCUCCGACGGUACUCCUGCCCACACGACGAGCCUACGUCCCUUCAGCCUUUCCGUAUAGAGGAUGAGCUGGACGAUAACUUGGUCACAGAUCAAGGACAGUCCUUGAGAUCACACUGGGACAGGUAUGUUUUCAGCAUGUCGUCAGAUUCAUGCUGGCAGCAACGGGACCAGUGCGGGUGCAUGCAGAGUGUUUCCGAGAUUGGCGAGGCCGAGGAAGACGAGGUGCAGAGGGACCCUCGGGCAAAUCUGGCCUCACUGAUCGAGGAAGCUCAAGUGGACCCUCGCAAGUACUCCCACAGCAGUUCCGCAGAGCGCUUCAUGGAGCAGUCCCAUUCUUCUCCAGACCGAGCCUGCGCGCCCUACGCUGAUCUCGACUGGGGCCGUUCUUGCGAUUACAAGGUGGGUUCGCCAUCCUACCUGGACAAGAUAGCUUGGAGAGAGGGGAAACCGCAGCACUACUCAGAGCCCAAGCUCAUCCUGGAUUUGUCCCACUGGAAGCGCAAUGCUCUACCUGGACCUGGGAGGAGAAAUGAGGGACGGACUGUGGAAAACGAAGACCCCGGAAACCUGUUCCAGGAGAUCUCUCAAUGGGUCGAAAGUACUCAGUCUGGCCUGCGCUCCCCCAGCCCACCUCAGGAACCUCUUUCCCCACCCUGUUCUCCUCCUCUGCCCCUGUCUCCUACCACGCACCCUCAUUCCCUCCUUCACAGGUGCCAUCCCAUGGAUCUGCUGUCAACUCCUGACUUAAUGAGUGAAGACAGCAGAAUGAGCUCUCCCUCUUUCUUUUCAUCUCCUCCUCCCAUUUUGCCUUCUUCCCCCUCUUCACCUCGGCCAGACACCACGUCUGACACCUUCAUUUCCCAUGGUUCUGAAACCAGCCAGGAACGCUCUCGGACUCCCCCCUCUGGAGAGGAACAUGCACACUUUGAUUUGGAUGUGUUCAUUUCCCGAGCGCUCAAAAUGUGUGGUCAGAGUGAAGGACUGGGAGGAAAUUCAGAUGCUACUGAACAGGGAAACUUUAAUGGUAUUCCUGAUCUCUCCGGUCGCCAGCGUUCCAGACCUCAGACUUCCACUCCUGACAUGGUAAAAGCUCAAAUCUGCCACAAAGAACACUGGUAG